AUGAAGGAAGCAAUACAUAUUCAGGCUGAAGUCAGCGACGGCCUGCGGGCUGUCACGGUGGAUGUGAGCAAUCGGGUGUGCGCCCUGGAGGCGUGCUCGAACCAUGGCGCACUGGAGGCUAUCGGCGUUAGCCUUGCAGGAGAGGUCACUGGGAUUGGGCACUGCCACAACGGGACCGAGGAAACGUUGCUUUCGGCCUCGGACAAGUCAACGAUACGCUCAGGGGAGGCAAUGCAGCCUGGAUCACCGAAAUGGAACCAGGUUGUGAAAAGACGUCCCCGCAGGGAGCCGCAGGCGGCGUUGACCAAACCAGCGGCUCCCAGGGUUGAACGCCCGACUCCUGCGAACCACACGGUGAUGGAGGAGGUGAGGAUGGACUCGAUGAUGGCCGUGUAG